AUGCGCAUUUGCCAUUCAUUCAUUGUGCUUCCUCUUGCUCUUGCUGUUUCGUACUCCACACCACCAUCAUCAGCCAUGGCGGAUACCUCACUAAUAGAGGUGGCGCGUCAAACGCACGAAGAAGCAGAACGCUACCAGCAGGCCCUCGUCGACCUCCUCCUCCUUCCCUCUUCCGGUCUCACGCACAAGGACAAGCUGAAACGAGCACACAAGGCAUCCGACCUGCUCGACCGUGUCACCUCUCGCUACCAGUAUCUCGAUCGCUUCUACGUCGACGAGCAUCAAGAACAGCAGCGCGAGCUCGAUUCCAUCUCUUCCACUCGCGACGACGAUGCAUUCGGCGAGUUCUACGCAAGGCUCGGCCGCAUUCGCGAGUACCACGACAGGUAUCCAGGCGCACUCCCGGACAGCUUCAACAUCGACUUUACGUCGUUAGAAUCCGCAGCUGGAUCUUCUUCCAUCGACCACCAUGCAGAGUCGUCGUCGGCAGCAGCAGCUUCGGCAGGGUAUACGGAUGCAGCAGGGCUCGACUUUAUCGAUCGAAUGUUUUCCGGUGAGGAGAUGGCAGGAAGGUUCUUGGAUCUCUACUUGCAUCACGAAGCCUAUCUCAAUCUCAAGGGCGCAAAGCGGAUCUCGUACCUCGGCUACAUCGACGACUUUGAUAAGCUGGUCGGACCGUCUUCCAAUAUUCCGAAUCACACCAAAAAGACGGAUGGGUACAGGACGUACCUGGUUGAGUUGAGAAAGUAUCUCGAUGGAUUUCUCAGAAAGACGCAGCCGCUGGCGAAUGUCGAUGCGAUCUCGGCGGAAGCGUUGGAGCGAUUCGAGGUGGAUUGGGAGCAGGGACAAGUCGAGGGGUGGGAGCAACAAGGUGCCGAAGUGUUUGGAGGAGCCAACUCGCAGGCAAAGGCCAAAGCUGCCGAAGCACAAGGAGAAGGGAUCUGGUGUGCAGCCUGUCGAAGAUUCUACUCGAAGCAAACCGUCUACGAUGCACACCUCAAAUCGCCCAAGCAUCUCAAGGCGGCCGCACGACUCGCACAAUCCGACUCACCCGCCGGCGAACCUUCCAACCGAUCUCAAAACGAGGCGGAGAAGAUCAAGCUCCGCAUUCGAUCCAAAGCCAUCGCACGCGAAGAGCUCGUGAUCCGCACGCUCGCCACCCACCUCGCUGCGAUUCGCGCAGAUACCAAAUCCAACGUGGAACGAAAAGCGGCGCUCACGGAUCGGGAGAGGCAAGCGGAAGCCUCUGCGGCCGAGGAAGAGUUGAACCGCAUGUCUGCGCUCAACCCUACUUCUGGACUCGAUUCCGUUUCAACCGCGGAUGCGAUGGACGAGGAUGCGGAUGAUGAGACGGGCCGGGUGUACAAUCCGCUCAAACUUCCCAUUGGGUGGGAUGGACGACCGAUCCCGUUCUGGCUGUACAAGCUGCACGGCCUGCGCAACGAGUUCAAGUGCGAGAUCUGUUCCGACCAGAUCUACCACGGUCGCAAAAACUUCGAAAAGCACUUUACCGAGUCUCGUCACGCCUUCGGAAUGCGUGCAUUGGGUCUGCCGAAUACGGUUCAAUUCAGAGACGUGACGACGAUCGCGGAUGCACUGGCGCUGGCGGACAAGCUGCGGAAACGUGGCAAGGAGGAGCAGACGGGCGGGAUGGAUGCACAGGAGGUCGAGGAUGAAGCGGGUAACGCGUAUACCAAGAAGACGUAUGACUUGCUCAAGAGGCAGGGUCUCAUCUAA